CACCUCAUCGAUGUUGACCAGGACCAGUCAUGUCGAUUCAGCAGCCAUUUCCACCCCCAUCAACUUCACCUAUUCAUCCGUUUCCUUCAACCCCCAUACCGAUUAGCUCACUAUACAACAACCAGGCAGGUUCUUUGGGCAAUGGAACGACAAACGCGAACUUUGACGGCCAGGGAGGUAGCUAUGUCAUUGAGUUCCUGCCUAAUGGGACAUGGGUGUACGAUUGUGUUGGAUAUGAGUUGCCGUACACAUGGGGCACGAGCGACGACAACAUCCUAGCGGACGGGCACACUAUUGCUUUUGAGCAACCUUUCCUAGCUCAUGAGCUUCAUUUUCUCUAUGCUGGCGAUGGAAACCAGGGAACAACUGUCGUCAACUUCACACUCCACUACGAGGAUAACAGCUCUCAGAUCCUGCCAAUGUCUGUGAAGCACUGGUGGACAGAGAUAUUUCUGAACGCUGGCGCAAUUGAGACACCCAUCCACUACGACAACUACGGCAAAGACAUCAAUGGGAACCGCACGAGCAUAUAUCAAUGGUCCACACCCAUACCCUCGCAAUCGAGACUCGCAGCUGUACAGCUCCCCCCAGGAACAUCAUCCGAUCGGCUUCACCUCUUUGCGCUCUCCGCCACUCCCGUUGCAUGCCAAACGGACAACGGACCUGCACUCGCUUUCCGCCGUGUACGCCUUACAUCACGCUGGGAGCUCGUCAAUGGUACCCGCGCGCAGGCUGUGGAAGUCACACUAGCCAACCUCACGCCGGUGACAGCGUUCGAGACCGCAUCGAUCACCACACCCCUCAAAGUCACGGUCUCUGGCCCAUCGUUCAGUACCGUUCGGCCCGGUAUCAUAUACCGCCUCACAGCGGCUGACCAGGUCAGAGUGGACGUACUGGUUGAAAAUCUGACUCAAAUGGAGAGCAACGAGUUGACCGUUGUCGUGGAAGACGAAAGUGGACAGGUCGUCGCGUCGUCUUCUGGCUGGCGUGCGAUGUCUCGGCGAGAAGAGUUCGCAACUAGUGACCAGGCUUUGGAGCAUCACGAGACGCCAACAUGGUGGAACAAUGCCAAGUUUGGAAUCUUUAUACACUGGGGCCCGUACAGCGUUCCUGCAUGGGGGCCUACUUGGACGUAUCCUGCUUGGUACGACUGGCAACUGCAUGUCAAUCCCGGCCCCGACAAUGUCUUCUGGGAGUAUCAUCUCAAGACGUUUGGCAAGAACGUCACGUACGACGACUUCUUUGCAAACUUGACAGCGUCUAAGUUCAACGCCAGUGAAUGGCUAGACCUUUUUGACGAUGCAGGGGCUAAGUACUUUGUUUUCGUUACUAAACAUCACGAUGGUUUCGCGCUAUUUGACACAGGAGACACAUCGAAUCGUAACAGCUUAUACUACGGACCGAAACGAGACCUAGUCAAGGAACUGCUCGACACUGCGAAGAAGGAGAAGCCUCAUUUGCAUCGAGGGACGUACUUUUCCAUGCCCGAAUGGUUCAACCCGGAUUGGGCACCUUAUGGUAUUGAAAACUGGCCAGGCGGACUCGCGCACAAUCCCUACAUCCAGUCCGAGCUCGAGCCCUAUACGGGGCGCGUACCCGUCGAAAACUACUUGAGUGACCUGCAGCUCCCUCAGAUGCUAGAUCUCGCGGAGAAGUACGAGACCGAGAUCAUGUGGUGCGACAUCAGCAGCGCGAACCUGACGCGCGAGUUCGCUGCGCGGUUCUUCGAGAACGCAUGGAACCAGGGCAGGCAGGUUGUUAUGAAUGACCGUUGUGGAGACCUCCCAGGCCAUGAUACGCCCGAGUAUGAGAAGCUCGUCGCAACGCAGCCAACGCGCAAGUGGGAAACGAGCGAGGGUAUGGACCCACACGCUUAUGCCUACAACCGCGCAACACCGCCCAGCGCGUACAAGAACGGCACAACGAUCGUGAGGAACCUGGUGGACAUUGUGUCAAAGAAUGGUAACUAUCUUCUGGGAGUAGGGCCUACAGCUGAAGGCGAGAUCAUCGGAAAUAUGCAGAAGAACCUCCGAGACGCGGGGAGAUGGCUCGGGUACGCGGGAGAUUGCGUAUACAGCACGGACUUCUGGUUCCGAGGAUCCGAAGACCAUACCGGCACAAUUCGGUUCCUCACCACGCCCAAGGCGUUUUGCAUUGUCUCCUUUGAGCGCCCAAGAAAUGGGCAGCUGGUCGUGCAGGACCGUGUGCCGAUAAUUGACGGAGACACAAUCUCCCUUCUUGGACCGGGGACUUCUAACACCGAGAGGACGGACUUACAUUGGUCCGUUCAGAAUGGGACUGGGUGGCUGGCAAUUGAUGUACCUGAGGAAAACGUGGAUCGAGUUGAGUACGCGUGGGCUUUCCGAGUGAAUUACAAACAAAAUUAGGAGUACUGUGUUGAUGUACACCGACAACCCCAUGGGUUGUUCACUGAAGUGUCGUAACAUCCCCGCUUAUCAUAUAGACUCAUUCGA